AUGUCGUGGCAAGCCUACGUAGAUAACCAACUUCUUGGAACUGGAAAAAUUUCUCAAGCUGCUAUUUAUGGUCAUAAUGGUUCUUUGUGGGCCACUUCACCUGGUUUCAGCCUGAGUCCUGAAGAAAUUAAGACUCUUGUUGAUGCUUUUGAUAAUGCAGAAAAAAUUCAAUCUAAUGGAAUAUACGCCAACGGUGUUAAAUAUUUUGCCCUCAAUCAUGACGAGAAAAAUAUCCAUGGUAAAAAGGGACUUGAUGGAGUUGUUGCCGAAAAAACAGCACAAGCCGUAAUUAUCGGCGUUUAUAAGGAAGGUACUGUGGCUGGCCAAGCUAACAAAGUCGUUGGAGAUUUGGGUGAUUAUUUGAGGGGUCUGAAUUACGUAAGUAUAAAUUUAUAA